UGAAAUGAGUUGUAAACGUGACAUGAGGAUUAUUACUUAUUUAAACAUUUUUAGAUUUAAAAUAUCCGGUUAGGUUUAUCUCUUAUGUUUCGUCUGUUUAUUUCCGGUCGAGCCACACGUGUUCCACCAGAAACAAAAUGUCAUCCAAAUCUAGAUCAAAACGUAAACCAGAUCAGUUUGACUUUGUGGACAAAGGAGCCAAUGACAGUGAUUCUUCAGAAUCGGAGGAAAGUGUCUACUCAGGACUAGAGGAAGAACCUGAUACCAGUGAAGAAGACCAGGAACAGAGUUCUAAUCAGUCUGACAAUGAUAGCUCAGACAAUGAUGAUGAUGAUGAUGAAGACGUCACAUUGGAUGAUAAGAAUGGCCUUGAACUCAGUACAGAACAAAGAAAGGAACUGUCUACAGUAAGCGAUGAUGAAUUAAAUGAGAUAAAUGACCAGAGAUAUACAGGCAAUGUCAAGUCACAGAACCGUAAACAACGGAAACAGAUCACAGUCAAAACAGCAGACAGACCUGACGAAUACGAUUAUGACUCUUCAGAUGAGGAGGAUAUAAGGAAUACAGUGGGUAACAUUCCUCUAGAAUGGUACAGAGAAUACCCACACAUCGGCUAUGACAUUGAAGGAAACAGGCUUCUUAAACCAGAGAAGGGGGAUCAAUUAGAUGAAUUCCUCAACAAAAUGGACAACCCCAACUACUGGAGGACAGUAACAAACAAAAUGACGGGACAGAACGUUGUUCUCAGCAAAGAAGACCUGGGUCUGAUACAGAAUCUACAGAGCAGUAAACAUCCCGACUCCAUGGCGGAAAAUUACCAGCCGUGGAUUGAUUUCUUCACCCAUGAGAAGAUGAUUCAUCCAGUCACAAAUCACCCUCAACACAAGAGAAGCUUCAUUCCAUCAAAAUGGGAAAAACUAAAGGUUGGGCAAAUGGUGCAUGCUCUGAAGAUGGGCUGGAUGAAACCAACAAAGGCAAAGACAGAAGAAGAGGAAGAAGAAAACUUUUACAUGUUGUGGAAGGAGGAUGAAGAGUCUGAGAUAACAAGGAGAUACAGGGCCCACCUGCCUGCUCCCAAGAUGCCCCUCCCUAGCCACGCUGAGUCCUACAACCCACCCCCAGAGUACCUGCUAACCAAGGAGGAGGAGGAGAAAUGGCAGAACAUGGAGCCUGAGGAGAGGAGGAUGAACUUUUUACCCCAGAAGUAUUCCAGCCUCCGCUUGGUGCCUGCAUACAAGCGCUUCAUCAAUGAACGUUUUGAGAGGUGCUUGGACUUGUACCUCUGUCCCCGCAAACCCAAAAUCAGGAUGAACAUUAACCCUGAAGAUCUUAUUCCUAAGUUACCCAAACCCAGAGACCUGCAGCCUUUCCCAACAGCUCAAGCCAUAGUGUAUAGAGGUCACAGUGACAUUGUGAGGACAAUUUCUGUGGACCCUACAGGACAAUGGCUGGUGUCAGGCAGUGAUGAUGGAUCAGUCCGGUUCUGGGAAGUAUCAACAGGUCGCUGCAUGAAAUCAAUUACCAUGGAAACUGGUAGCUUAGAAAACAUGUGUAUCAGAUCUGUCGCCUGGAAUCCUCAUCCCGAUGUCAGCCUUGUUGCCAUAGCAAUGGGACACACUGUGAUUUUGGUGAAUCCAGGCUUAGGGGACAAAAUGGUAACGAACAACACAGAUAAUGUCCUCCACUCAUUUAGCCCUACCGAGGAGGAGUCAACGGGUAAAAAAGUGUAUGCUGAUUGGUCAUCUAUAGACACCUCAGACAAGAGAUUUGAGAAUGGCUUCAGAUUGCUUCUGCAACACCCUAAGGAAGUGUCUCAGGUGACCUGGCAUGGUAGGGGGGAUUACUUCGCCUCGGUGAUGCCUAAAGGCGACAGAAUGUCAGUACUGAUACACCAGCUCUCACGGCGACGAUCCCAGAAUCCGUUCAACAAGUCCAAAGGAAUGGUUCAGUGUGUCCUCUUCCACCCGGUCAGACCUUUCCUCUUUGUUGCGACUCAGCGCUAUGUGAGAGUGUACAACCUACUGAAGCAAGAGCUGUCCAAGAAACUGAUGACUAACUGUAAAUGGGUGUCCAGUAUGGCUGUCCACUCAGGGGGUGACAAUAUCAUAAUUGGAAGUUAUGAUUGUCGUCUCUCUUGGUUUGACCUUGAUGUCUCAACCAAACCAUACCAAACUUUGAGGCACCACAAGCGAGCGGUGCGGGCGGUGAACUAUCACAGGAAGUAUCCACUCUUUGCUUCGGCCUCCGACGAUGGAACUGUCAUUGUCUGUCACGGAAUGGUCUACAAUGAUUUGCUAAAAAAUCCUCUGAUUGUUCCGGUCAAGAUCCUGAAGGGCCACGCAAUAUCACAUGAUCUUGGUGUUUUAGACUGUGUGUUCCACCCCAGUCAGCCCUGGUGUUCCAAGGCCCAGUGCGAAAGACGUGUCGUUUGCUGCCUGAUUCACAAUAAGGAUGGAUUUGCUCAACAACUUACGGACGACGGGCCCACAAAUUUGGAGACGCUGGUCAGUGUUGGAAAGACGAUAUAUAAGUGUAUGUCAAGCAGGCUGUCUAAGGCCGCCCACACACUCCAAGCCACCGACACACUAGUAUCCAGCGUCAACAACUGCUGGUAUCGCCAGGAGUAUGGCACGUGUUUGUUUGACAAUCUGGGUUCAGUCAGUCACGUGACCGCCGUCAACAAUGAUGUCUACCCCAAAAACUGUCUUAUCCAGCAAGCAACUUCCACCAAAUGCAUUUCUGACGCCCUAUCAGAGGUUGACAAAUAUGGAUGUGAGGCCAAGGUAGUGGACGCAAUGAAGAAGCUGGGGGAUUCCCCUUCAUCAGCAGACGAUCUGAAGGAGGCCUACUGUCGUGCCUCGGUGACAGCAUACGAGUGUGUACUAUCUGUAGUGAAGUACUGUGGAGUGACUGAGGGUCCCCGGACGAUAGAAGGCCUGACACAGUUCAGUGUGGUCCGUACAGCUUGUGGGGCUUUUCUCCCCGUCACAACCACUGCCUCCCCUGUAAACAUCGGACCAAUAGGUGACCUGUUUCCGAAGUCGUUCUUCUCAUCCUCUACUAACGGCAGCCAGGGUACCGAUGUCAACGCUGCCCUGAACGCCAGCUCUUGUCAACCACCCCGUGGUGCUGUUUUGUAUGUGGCAGGCUCUGUAUUCUUGUUGUGUGUCCUUUUACUGUAAAUAAAACUAAUGUAUUAUAAAGAA